AUGGGUCAAUUUCGCAAAUUUAAUAUAUUGAUUUUGUUCAUAAUUGUUAUCUCACUUAAUGGUGUUCUAUCAUAUGGUUGGGUUGGCCACCAAUUAACAGCAGCUAUAGCUCAACGUUUUCUUACCCCUCGUGCACAACGUGCUAUAAUAGAAUUACUUCCACCAGAAGCGAACGGGAGCUUAUCCGCAAUUGCUCAUUGGGCUGACACGAUUAGAUCAAAACCCCACUAUCGAUUUUCCACGCGACUUCAUUUUUGGAAUCCCGCUAACGAUAAUCCACCAGAAACGUGCUCUUGCGCUUGGAUACCCGGCAGGUACGAUGUGAUCACAGCGAUUUAUAAUUACUCCCAUCGAUUGGAUCCCAAAACUGGCCUGGAAUAUACACAGCAGGCAGAAGCUUUAAAAUUUUUAGUGCAUUUCCUGGGUGAUUUGCAUCAACCAUUACAUUUGACUACAAAAUUAAAAGGAGGAAAUGGAGCAAUCGCGAGAUUUGAUAAUCGUAAAACUAGCUUGCAUACGAUAUGGGAUUCACACAAUUCUCACGUUCGGGUAGACUUUUUCCAAUAUGAUCGAAUUUCUUUUUCUCCUCCGCGACGUAGACCAAUAAGACCACCGUUUCCUAUCCCGGAGGUGCCAGAUUCCAUUUGUCCCAAUUAUUGGGCAAUCGACCUGAAGAAAUUGAAUUGCGAGAUCAUGUGGAAAGGUUAUGAUCCCGAUAUCGAUUAUGGUCAUGGAAAAUUUUACGAUGCCUUAAUGGAAUCACAACUUGUUGAAAAGCUGUUGGCGAUGGCUGGCAUUAGAAUGGCUGCUAUUUUAAAUACCAUUUUGACAUAG